AUGGCUCCGAAGCCCCGAAAGAAAAAGAAAGCACAGCCGCCCAGUUCCAAGCUCACAGCUUCAAGGGCUAAUCUCAAGGACACUGUGGAACCCAUGCCAGACAAUGACUUGCUGCUGCCAGUACAACAGGAAUAUGAGAGCAUCUGCCGAAACCUGGAGGAUUUGAGAGGGAGGAGGGCACAGCUGAGGGCACAAUAUGAUUUCCUCCAGCAAGAGGCACAAGAUCUCCAGAAUGAGAGCCGGGAGUUUGCCAACUACCUAGCCAAACGAGCUCGAAGGCACCAGGGUCUUGCGGUUUCUCUAAAUGAAGAGAACCAGGAGUUGCUGCACCAAAUCCAGAAGCAGCACCAAGAAGUGAUUACCCGUUCCCAGGAGCAAGAGGCAGCCCUGCAGAAAGAGCUGUUCCAGAAGGAAGCUGAGCUGGCCCGUCUCAGCUCUGAAUUGGAGGGACUGCACGAGGUCCAAGCCCUGAAACAAGAGCAGACAACCCGCAUUCGGGAGCUGCAGAAGGAGUUGGCGGCUGCACAGAAGCAGCAUAUGCAACACCUGGAGGCAGCCAAGAUACGAGCCUUGAAAGAGAAGAUGGCCCAGGAACAGAUGGCAGGGCAGGAAGUGGAGGGCUUGGCUCAGCAGGUGCAACAGUUGGCCUUGCGGUGCCUGCAGGAGCACAGCCAGACAGUCUGCCAGCAGAAUAAGGAGCUGAAGAAGGAGCUGCACCAGCUGGUGCAGCGAGUGCAGAAGCUGCAGGAGCACAAGCACCGAUUGCAGAAGCAAAUGGAGCAGCUGUGGCAGGAACAGGGCUGUUUGCAGGACAUGGCCCAUCUGCGUGGACGGUUGAGCGGUAAGGGUUCUGGCCUUGUGCUAGAGGAGGAGUGACAUGGCCAUGGCCAGGGAAGCUGCAUUCAGCCAAGACAGUCAACUAGGA